AUGAGUUCAGGAGAAUGUGGUGAAGGACCCGGUCCUUCAACGUCAAGUGGAAAGAGACGUCGCCGACCCAUAAUAAACGUAGCAGGCCCAUCUUCUGGAGCACCUUUAACGUCACCAGUAAAGAAGAGAAAACCUACCACUUUGUCGGUCGGGGAACAAGAGAUAAGCAUUAAUGUAUACAAAUAUGUCAAAAACACCUGUCCCGAAGACGUGUAUGCCUGA